GCCUUCUGAAGGAGUAGAUCGAUGCAUCUGUCUCAGGGUUAGACUUGGUCAGGUAAUAGCCGAGCAGUUUACAGGACGUACGACAAAAUGCCUUCAAAUAAAGAAGAUGGCGGAUGGAAGCAGUUUUUCUGGAAUUCAGAGAAAAGAGAGCUGCUCGGCCGCACGGGAAGCAGCUGGUUCAAAGUUCUUGUCUUCUAUGUAAUUUUCUUUGGCUGUCUGGCUGGGAUUUUUAUUGGCACCAUCCAAGCUUUGCUACUCACCCUAAAUGACUACAAGCCAACUUGGCAGGACAGAGUUGCACCCCCAGGCCUUACUCACACGCCACACUUAAACAAAGCUGAAGUGUCCAUCAGCAUCAAUGAUGUGGAGACUUACCUGCCUUACAUCAAGGCCUUGAAGCAAUUUCUGACUAAGUAUGAUGAUAACAAGCAGGUGGAUGAGAUGAAGUUUGAGGACUGUGGAGAUGAGCCUGCAAAUUACAAAUACAGGGGUGAAUUGGAUAGUGAGAUGGGCACCAGGAAAGCCUGCCGCUUCCAGAGAUACCUCCUGGGACCUUGCUCCGGUACUGAGGAUCGUGACUUUGGUUUCUCACGUGGACAGCCUUGCAUAAUUGUUAAGCUGAACAGGAUUGUCAAUUUCCGACCAAAGCCUCCUUCCUCGAAUGAGAGCAUUCCUGAGGACGCUCAAUACAAGGUGCAGCCCAAUGUCGUCCCUCUGUACUGCACCAACAAGAAAGAAGAUGAUGCUGGGAAAAUUGGAGAAAUUAAAUACUACGGCAUUGGUGGUGGAUUCCCCUUGCAGUAUUAUCCUUACUAUGGCAAGCUGCUCCACUCUCAAUACUUGCAACCACUAGUGGCAGUUCAGUUCACCAACCUUACCUGGAACACUGAAGUGCGUAUAGAGUGCAAAGUCUUUGGUGAGAACAUUUAUUACAGUGACAAGGACCGCUACCAAGGGCGCUUCGACAUUAAGAUACAGGUUAACAAUGUAUGACUAUCCUCAGGACCAUAGCUCUUCUCUUGUCUUCCCCUCCCUGUUGUAUUCUUGGCACAGUAUACAUAGUGAAGUGGGUUGGUGUGAGGCUGUAGCUGUCAAGUCAAUCAACUAGUUUUGAGUGAAUAUGUAAUGAAGAAAAAAAACAAUCCCAGUAGAUAUGUAAUUACUCUUUUGUGUGUAGCGUCUACACUUUUGUCAAUCAUUAGAUCAUUCACACGAGCAGAAAUGUCCAAAUUAAAAACAUAUUCUAUAGUAAAUGACACCUGUCUACGAGCUGUGGACGUCAUUGGCAGCAAUAAAAUGAACACAUCAAUUUUCUAGUAAGAUGUAUUGGCACCUUUGUUUCUUUAGUGUUUCUAGAAAGUGAAGUAGUUGCACAGUUAUGCCCUACACAAACAACAUUGUACCCAAUGGGCUUGUGAAUAAGCUUUAGCAGUUAUAAGCAUGUUAAUCAUACAUUUAUAGUUGCUGAAAUAAAUUUUCUAAAUUUUUUAUCUAAUUAGGAAAAGGCUGCACUCCAGAGAUAUAUAAUUUUUUCCAAAAGAUAUUAAUUUGACUUAUUUUUAUUUUAUUCUUGGUCCUUGUUUAAACACUUGGUUUAUGACUGGGUUUUAUUACUUGGCUUCCUGAGCUUUACUUACUAUUUUUGCCUUGAGUUUAGAGUUGUGUAUUUGUUGUUAGACACUCCAGCUUUAGGGUAAUGGUGCUAAUUUGGAUUUAAAGACUUUUUCCUGGAUACAGCAUUGUUAAUAAUUCUGUGAAUGCAUUUAAAUAUCAUGGAAUGAGUUUUUUUUUUUUUUUUUUUUUUAUCUUCAUGCAGUUUUACAUUUGUCUUUGCGGAAUAUGUAAUGUAUAAAUGUAACACCAAGUUCUGGUUUAAAGUCUUAUCAGAAGCAGUGCAAUACUUACUUGUUGGGUUUCUGAUGACCAUUUAGCGCUACGUUUUAAUGUCUGUCCUUAAGUGUUUUCAGAGGAGGACUUUAUAGAAGCUCAUGUUGUAAUUUGUGAUAUAGAACGUUCAAGGUGAACUCAAACAUCAGUCAGCUUAACAUCAGUUCAAUUAUCACUUAAUGAUGGGUAGAAACAAAUAAAAUUCUGUUUGACCUUAA